AUGCCUCCUCCAGCAGAUGAAGGAAGGCGCAGGCCCCGGUGGUCAGUCAGUCGCUCUCCGGGAGAUGACAGACAGCAGUGCGCGCGGCGCUGGAGGAGCUCGGGCUGCCUGUGCUCCGAGUUCUCGUCAGUGCUUACGUCUUUUCUGGAUUUUAUUGGUCGGUCGGUGCUGCGGAUACAGUGCUGCACAUGCGCACUCGGACUGCUGCGGAUUGUGGCUGAGUUGUUAGGGGAAGCACUGACGAAAAUCCCGGACAGCCGUGUAACAUUUGUGUUUUCUGUCGACCAGAUAUUUGCCAUUUGUGCAUUUGCAACAUGUGGGGGGUACUCUGGUCAUCUCCAGGUUAAGGUGGACUGUGCAGGCAGGAAGCAGAGCAACCUGAGCAUCAAUGUUGACUUCGCGUAUCCAUUCAGAUUACACCAAGUGCACUUCAAGGCUCCCCUGUGUGACGGAAACUCUGAGGAAGUCGUUUUUCUGGAUGGUGACUUCUCCACAGCUGCUGAGUUCUUUUUGACUGUGGGUGUUUUUGCCUUUUUGUACUCUCUCCUGGCGACGGUCGUUUACAUCUUCUACCAGAACAAGUACUUGAAGAACAACAGAGGACCUCAUGUGGAUUUUUUCGUCACCGUCCUCUUCUCCCUCCUGUGGAUGGUCAGCAGCUGCUUCUGGGCCAAAACUCUUGCCGACUUGAAAGCAUCAACAAGCCCGACCCAGGUGCUUCUGCUCAUCUCUGCUUGUAGAGCUCCUAAAAACACGUGUUCUGCCGCACAGGAGCCGGUCUGGUCUCGCCUCAACACGUCUGCUGUUUUUGGUUUUGUUAACGUCAUCCUCUGGUCUGGGAAUAUUUGGUUUGUGUUUAAGGAGACGGGUUGGUACAAGACGGGUCAGAGGUACCCCAUCAGGAGUGCUUCUGGGAAACGCUCCAGCGAGAUGCGACAGCGACUCUACAGCGAGAGCAGCUUCGAGCAGCCAGAGGAGAGCUUUGGCCCGUCGCUGCAAGACGCUCUCAGUCCGUCGAACGGGGAUUUUACGAAGCAGGUUCACAGGCAGGCGAGUGUCAACCAGUCACAAGGUAACCUCAGUUUACCACAAACGUACCUCGGCAGAACCUUCAUGAACGAAAACCAGGGGGGUUCUCGAGGGCCCAGGAUCUUCGUCAAUGACAUUUGACCAGAAACGUAAGCGCUAAAUGAAGCUAAUGAGCAUUUAUGAAGGCGAAUGUUACCAGUAAAGUAUGAAAUAUUACCCACAGUUAAAACAAAAGCACAUGAACAUUUAACAUCAUACAUUUACAUUUAAGUUCUCAUCUGAUCAUC